GUCAUUCAGACGAGUAGGCUGGAGAGGGGGCGGGAAGUUUGGUUGAUCCAGGAGUCUUGCGGUAGCGACAGGCAUAGCGGCGACCAGAAUAUUGAAAUGAGAACAUUAACGAAAUAAUUAAUUUUAUUUUUAGAUAUCGAUUUCUGGGCACGCAAACGUGGCGGUACACCGGAGGCGGGAGAAAUCCUGGAGUUUGCGAGGGUUGCUAACCUGCAAAACCUUCCAAUACACGACUAGCUACCCAGCUAACUAUCGCCUUUCAGUGGUUUUCCAGCACCAGCAGUUGUAAAGCAGUCGCGUCGCUUAUCACUUGUUUAAUAGUCUGGGUAAGAUGUACAUCGUUUACAUGCUCUCAGCUUUACUCCUGUCGAUUUUUGGCAGUUAACUUGUUAUUCAUAGCCAUCAGCCGGUUAUAUUUAUGACUGGAGACUUGUUGGAAUCAGCCUUCACUCCGAGUUGGUGCUAUCUUUUGGGUAUCAUUACAGUGGCGCUGGGAGGGCCAUACUCAGGAAGGAGAAAGUGGUGGUUAGUUAUCUGUUAGCUAGGGCUUAGGAAUACCGUUAGGCUAACGUUGAGCUCGGUAAUGUUAACGAUGCAGAAAUCAAUCCGGUUACAGAUGCAGAAAUGCAUUUAAGGGACCGCCUCGGUGGCGUGUCCCCUUCUCGGUACUACAGGCUUCAAUCAGAGAUGGUCACCGGCCGCAGCCCUCCACAGAAACCGCGACCCGCGUCUCAAAAAUGACCAGAUGCACUGAAGCCUGCUUCCGAUUCACGGCCGGAUUGAUAGUUUGCACUGUCCGCGACAUGCGCACGCUGGGAGCCGCGGAGCCCUCGGUCUAAGCUCGGCCGCGGCCGCUGACACACGACCCACAGAGCAGUGUAGAGUUCAGCUUCCAAGUAGGAGCACGAGUCCGGGGGGUGGGGACCGGGUACGGGAGGAUGUCGGCAUCUAUGAACAGCUCCGCCGUGGUGCCGCAUGAGAGGAUGGAGCUAGACCUGGAGAUCCCGUCACCGAUGGCCCAGACGGACAGCCUGCUGAAAAGGUCCAACAGCGCGCCCAUGAUAAACGGACUCAGUGACCACUCUCAAGUCUUCCAUCGGGAGAUCAAUCCGAGCAGGAGAAACAGCACCACAGUGGUGAAUCGUCCCAGCCUGGUUCCUUCCUCUCCAAUCCGCAUCCCCAGCUCCAGGCUGCACCAGAUCAAGCAGGAGGAAGGUGUGGACGUGAUGAACAGGGAGACGGCCCACGAGCGGGAGGUGCAGACUGCCAUGCAGAUGAGUCACUCCUGGGAGGAGAGUCUCAGUUUGAGUGAUAACGACUUUGACAAGUCCUCCUCGUCCUCCCCGAAGCGGAUUGACUUUGUGCCGGUGUCACCGGCACCGUCCCCAACUAGGGGACUCGGAAAAAAGCAAUGCUUCUCCCCGUCCCUGCAAAUCCUGGUGAGCAGCAGCGGGCCCAGCCCUGUGCCCAGCCCAACGCGACGCUUUAGUAGGAGGAGCCAGAGCCCCAUCAACUGCAUUCGCCCCAGCAUCCUGGGGCCAAUCAAGCGGCGAGGUGAGGUGGAGAUGGAGAUGGAGAGCCAGCCCAAGAGGCUGUUCCAGGGCUCCACCACUAUGCUGACUCCCGAGGCGCCGCACCUCUCCGACCUGGCCCCCUGCCUGUCCUCCGACCUGCUGGACGGGAGCCUCAGCAGCCUGGGCUCCUCCUCGGGAUCCCCAGCCAAGAUGGAGGGGGUGUCCCCAUCGCCCGGCAACUCCCCCCUCAGCCUGCUUCAGGACCUCUCGCCCAAGUGAGAGCGGUGGGAGGAAAGCAGGGCAGCUUUGUGAAGACCUUCACCCGGGUCCUGGAUGUGGCGAUCAGCACCAGCCGCUUUCCCAUCUAUCGAUGAGAACUUUAUUUUGGAACAUAAUUGUUAAGCGUUCACGUACGGGACUGGCUUCAGGAAAAAUCUUUGCAUUCCAUCAACGGAGAGUAAAGCUAUAGCACCUGAACAUUGUGUGUCUCUUUCACCUGCUUUCUGCUGUGGAUCUGGACUCUCCGUCGUCUUGCUGGUGACGUGACAGCGGGGCGUGCUGUAGGACGAGUGUUGACACCAGCUGCUAAAUGUGGAUUUUCCUACACGGGGUUAACCCUGUCCUACCUCUCCAACACCCUGGUGUUGUGGCCCCCCCAGCCAGAAAUGGAACUUGACACAGCAUCCGGAGUACCCCCCACACACAAACGCACACAAAACACACAAGGUGGAUUGAGAAUGGCUGAUGCGUCCCAGUGAUAUUACCGCUCUGUGCUGUACAAACCCGUGAUUGGCUCCUUACCCCCCCCCCCCCUGCUUGUGCUCUGUAAAUGUGUAGAUAUCACCGUAGGCUGUGGAGCAGAUGAAGACCGCAGGGUUUGUCCUGGGAGAUGUCCGAGGUCACCUUGCUGCUGUGCUUCCUAGACCACUCUGGGAAGGACCAUAAACAGACUUCCUGCUUUAAAAUACCUUGUUGAAAAUUAACAAGAGACCAGACAAUGCUGCACGCAGACCCCUGUGCUGGGUGGUCUGUUUUCUCACCCUUUCCCGUUUAUGGCUAUUCUCCCCACCCUCAUGGGCACUGGACACUAAGGUGAAAAAGAAAAAAAAACUAUACUUUGUUUUAGUGCUUGUCAAGUUACCGGGAUCUGAAAAGGUGGUCUGCUCCUACUUGAACUGCCCUGUGCGAGGGGGUGCUAAAAUGAUGUGAAGAUUUUUGGAGGGGGGGGGGGGGGGGAGUUUGAGCCUUGUAAACAAACUGAUUGCGACGUGUUUGCAAAAGGCUACAGCCAGUUUUGCUGCUAGAUUAAAGUGAUGAUGCAUCUAUUUGGAAUGCGGUCACUGUAAAUGAGACCUGAAGUGGGCUCAGUGGCACCCCCCACUGGGCAGACUGGGCUUCCGUGUGUCUCCAUGUAUGCUUGUGUGUACUGUGGCCGCCCACACUGUGCCUCAUCCUCGUCAGUGCUACUAACGUGUGUAACAGUGUCCAGUGGGUCAGUCCAGCUGUCCAAAGCAGUGUUUCCCAAUCCGGUCCUUGGGGACCCACAGCCUGUCCCCGUUUUUGCUCCCUCCGAGCUCCCUGUCAGCCAGUCCCCCGGAAGGGUGCAAAAACAUGGACUUUCAGUGGGAAAUGCUAAUUUAAAGUAACCGAACUUCACCCAGGGAGACAUACCUCUGUUAUGGGGAAAAAAAAGCUUUUUUUUUUUUUUUCUUUUUUUAUUUUAUUUUACUCCCAGGAUGAUUUAAUGCCAUUCUUUUUAAUUUGUGGAUCACAUGAUGUUUUGUGCCAUUGAAGAACUGUGUCUGUACAGCUUGUGCAAAAAUUACCAAUGUUUAUCUAUUUUGUUUGGUUUUGUUUUUUGUAAUAGUUUUGGAAGUUUUAUAAAAAGCAUUUUAUUUUCUGUAAACAAGGCAUGUAAUGUCAAGUAAAUCAAACUAUUCAUUUUGAGUGACAAAGUUGAGUGGAUCUUUUUUUUUAAGUGGGGACUGGGAGGUGUUUUGUACAGUUUUCCUUUCUUUUAACACUUUAAGUAAAUACGUCAGUGGCGUCUUUGACAGUCUUCUUUUUGGUCCUGUGGAAUGUCACUUCAUUUGUCCAUGGUGUUUCCUCAGUUUAAUAUACUUAUUGCCUGUGUAUUGUCAGGACUCCAGUAUUUGCAAUCCACUGGAGCUGCCCCCCCCCAGAGCCUCAUAAUGUAUGUGACUUUAGAUUUAAAGAAAAUAAAUUAUUUGCUGUACA